ACAGGAGAUUUCCAUUGCGAGACCUUUUCCGUUAUGGAUCGAUUCGCAUUACCUGCCUUUUAAAGUGUUUUAACGGCACUUGAAUCACAGUCCGACACUCUCUCUGCUUCCCCCUUCCUGUCCUCAUUUUUACAAACCCUAGAAAUUUCAACUGGUUUUCUGAUUCAUGGCGAGAAAUUAGGGAUUUCGAUUUCAUCUCUAAUUGCUAGCCUUGAUGACCUCUAUUGAUGAGGGGAGGAUUUAGGGUUGGUGAAGUUCCGAAUCCUAAAAUCAUUUGGUUUUUGCAGAAAAUGGGUUGCGAAUUUUGACUUUGUGGUAAUGUUAGGAAACCCUAAAAUCGACUGGUUUUUUGGUUUUUGAAAGGAAAUGGCGAGGUGUUGAUUCAGGAAAUCACUGUAAACCAUAAGGUUAGCUGGUUUUUUGCCUUUUGUGAGGAAUGCAAGUGGGUUUAGGGUUUGUGUACUAUUAGGGAACCCGAAAACUUGUGACGCAUUGCAGAGGUUCCAUUCAAGUUCAUUUUUGAGUCUUCAAGAAAAAUUGCUCCUUGUGAUAAAUAGAGAGGAUUAGGGAAUGCGAAUGGUGGCAUGGUGCCAUUUUUUUAUUUAUUUUGCAUAAUGAUAGUUUGGAGCUUUAAGCAUGGAUCUCUCUACUCUAAGAUCAUCUGGAAUUCAUGUUGAAUAGUGAGGUUGUAAGGUCUUCAUGUAUGGCUUCUGCUCAUUCGAUGCUGAGUAUCUCGACUUCGUGCCCCUUCAAUGGUGCUUUUGAGGAGACAAGGCGAGCUAGCACUGUCUAUAGUUUAUCUGGGAAAACAAGUUUUCACAUAGGUAGAUUUUUGUCUGGUCCAUCCCUUGAUCUUGAUAAGAGACAUUUGAGGGGGAGCAAGGUUAAUGGUACCGGUCGAUUGAAGGUAACAGAGGCACAAACAGUCGAGAAUGGAGAGAUUCGAAAGACCGUGGAGAUACCUGUUAGCUGUUAUCAGAUUGUUGGUGUUCCAGGCCAAGCUGAAAAGGAUGAAAUUGUCAAAUCGGUUCUGGAGCUUAAAAGUGCUGAAGUAGAAGAAGGUUACACUAUGGAUGCUGUUGUAUCUCGUCAGGAUCUUUUGAUGGAUGUGAGGGAUAAGCUCUUGUUUGAACCAGAGUAUGCUGGUAAUAUUAAGGAAAAUGUGCCACCAAAAUCUUCCCUUUGUAUUCCCUGGGCUUGGUUGCCUGGAGCUCUAUGUCUCCUUCAAGAGGUGGGCGAAGAGAAAAUGGUCCUAGAAAUAGGCCGAUCAGCUUUACAGCACCAAGAUGAUAAACCUUAUGUUCAUGACGUGCUUCUUUCCAUGGCCCUAGCAGAGUGUUCAAUUGCAAAGUCUGGAUUUGAGAAGGGAAAAGUAGCUCAAGGUUUCGAAGCCCUCGCUCGUGGUCAGUAUCUUCUCAGGAGCAAAAUUUCUCUAGGAAAGAUUCCCCUGUUAGCACAGAUAGAAGAAUCUUUGGAGGAGCUUGCGCCUGCCUGCACUUUAGAGUUCCUGAGCAUGCCCCACACACCUGAAAAUGCAGAACGAAGAAGGGGAGCAAUUGCAGCCUUGCGUGAAUUGCUUAGACAGGGUCUUGAAGUUGAAACUUCCUGUAGGGUCAGAGACUGGCCAUGCUUCUUGGGCCAAGCAACGAGCAAACUAAUGGCUACCGAAAUUGUGGACCUGUUAUCUUGGGAUACCCUUUCACUUACCAGGAAAAACAAGAAAUCUCUUGAAUCACAGAAUCAACGGGUUGUUAUUGAUUUCAAUUGUUUCUACAUUGCCAUGUUAGCCCAUGUUGCCUUGGGCUUCUUGAGCAGGCAAACUGAUCUGAUUCAAAAGGCAAAAACCAUUUGUGAGUGCUUGGAAGCAUCAGAAGGAAUAAAUUUAAAAUUUGAGGAAGCUCUCUGUUCUUUCCUUCUUGGGCAGGGUGGUGAAUUGGUGGCAGCUGAAUGGCUUGCGAAGCUUGAAACAAAUGUAAACCCAACCUUUCAGAAUGUUAGACUUGCAAAAUCUGGCAAAGAAGAUAAAAGCAAUACAAGUGCAUAUCAUUCUUUGGAAAAAUGGUUGAAGGACUCUGUGCUUGGUGUAUUUGCUGAUACACAUGAUUGCUCACCAUCUUUGGUAAAUUUUUUCCGGGCAGAAAAGAGAUCCCCACUUGAUAGCAAACAGAAGAAAAAAGCUGACCAAAGUACCACUGGAAGCCUAAGAUCCUCAUCACUUGGUGGUCCAUUUCCAACCGAUCAUAAGCUUGGAGUCUCUGAUGAUACACUUCGACCACUGAGUUCAGUUCUGCAUGUUGGUGCUGCUGUAAAACGGCUAACACCUGCCAAUAUGCAGAGUCAAAUUUCAUUGGGGAAGGCUAAUUCUAAUCAUAAUUCUCAAUCUGUGCAAAUGAAGAGAAACUUUGGAAAUUACCGGAGAAAAUUAUGGGAAAGCUGGUGGGCCUCAGAAGGAGUGGCAGGGAGGCUCUGUUUCAGUACAUUCUUAGGAUGCUGCAUGUUUGGUACGUUUAAGCUGCUUUCUUUGCAAGUUGGGCGCAAUCGAAUUCCAAAUUGGUACUCCAAUCAGUCUACUAUAUGCACGAGUGCUUUUGCUUGUACAAGGGAUCAAUCGUUAGACCCAAAGAUAGCUCCUAUUUCUGUCAGUAAGGGUGGGAUUGGAACGAGGAUCAAUGGGUUGAUCCUGUUCUUUAAGAAGCAGCUUAAGCAUCCCUUAAAUGCUGGCCCCUCGCAAAAUUUGUGGCCAGUCGAUGAUCUAUCAGCCUUAAAUAAGGCACCUACUGGUGGUAGUGUGCUGCUCAAGAGAGAGAUGCCAUUUGAGGAAGCAGAAGCUCUCGUGAAGCAAUGGCAAAACAUCAAAUCUGAGGCUUUAGGACCAAACCAUCAUAUUCAUUGCCUUCCGGAGAUCCUUGCAGAGUCAAUGCUUUCUCAGUGGCAAGCUCUGGCAGAGUCUGCAAGGUUGAGGUCGUGUUUUUGGAGAUUUCUUUUACUGCAAGUGUCAAUUCUGAGAGCUGAGAUUGUAUCAGAUGGGAUUGGCUGGGAGAUGGCAGAAAUAGAGGCAGUCUUGGAGGAAGCUGCAGAGCUCAUUGAUGAAUCUCAGCCCAAGAACCCAAAUUAUUACAGCACAUACCAAAUACGGUAUGUUUUGAAAAGACAGUAUGAUGGUACAUGGAAAUUUUGUGGUGGCGGCAUCCAGACUCCUGCUUGAUUCUUGCACUUCAGAUGCAAAAGAGUCACACUCAUUGUCCCACUUCUUCAAGGCAGUACAACACCAAUCUUCACUUUGUAGGGGAAUUCAUUGAACUCGGAAGAAAAAAGAAAAAAGAAAGAAAAAGAAAUACGAAAGAAGGGGAAUCCUAUCGUCAUAUUAUGUUAGGGUGCAGUAGAGCAAUCAGUUCUAACUGGCGAAAUGAACUGAUCUCUUGAAUUGUAAAAUUGUAAUGCGGGCAAAACGUGUCUCAUUUAUUGUCCAUCUCCCUUGUAAUGUUUCCUAUUAAUCUUGGCUUCUUAGCCAGUUUUUAGCAUGUGUCCUCUGGUGAUUGGAGCUAUAGAAGCGUACUUUGUCGCCUCAACCUUUGUGUGUUUCUCCCACACUUGCUGUCGCAAGAAAUACCAGGACAAAUGCAGUGUCUCCUUAGUGGCCAAGCUUGGAUCACUUUGUCCAAAGCCUUAGCUGACCUGUGCAGAUCAAAUUUAUUGUUUCCACGACUAAUGUGAAAGGCAUGUAGACGAUCUCUCCAUUGAUUCUCAGUAGUAUUUCUGCAUUA